UCGCCCUUCUGCCCUCGCCGCGUCCUCGGACCGCUCGUCAAAAUGAUCGCUUCGCAUUCGCAGUUCGCCUCGCUCCCCCAUCCUCUUCCGCCGCCGCCGCCGCGGCUCCUGAACCAGCCGUCAUUCCGGCCGAGGGCCACGCUCCUCUCCCGCGUCUUCCGCGUCCCCACGGGGCGAUGCCACCGUCAGCGACACCCUUGGGGCGGCGGAACGGUGCGGGCUCUGGACGCAGCCCAAGCGUUCGACUACGAGUCGCGGGCGUCGGAGGAGUUGGAGCAGCGCGCGCGCCUCAAGAUCGCGAUCGUCGGCUUCGGCAACUUCGGGCAGUUCCUGGCCCGCACGUUCUCUGCGCAGGGCCACGCCAUCCUCGCCUACUCCCGCUCCGAUCACUCCGCCGCCGCUGGAUCCCUCGGCGCCGCCUUCUUCCGUGACCCUCACGAUCUGUGCGAGCAGCACCCGGAUGUGGUGCUCCUCUGCACCUCCAUCCUCUCCGCCGAGGCCGUCCUCCGCUCCCUCCCCUUUCAGCGCCUCCGGCGCAGCACCCUCUUCGUCGACGUGCUCUCCGUCAAGGAGUUCCCCAAGAACCUCCUCCUCCACAUCCUGCCACCGGACUUCGACAUCCUCUGCACCCACCCCAUGUUCGGCCCUGAGAGCGGCAAGCACGGAUGGGCAGGUCUCCCCUUCGUCUACGACAAGGUUCGCAUCGGUGACUCAGAGGACCGCGUCGACCGGUGCCGCCGCUUCCUCGACAUCUUCGCUCGGGAGGGCUGCCGCAUGGUCGAAAUGUCCUGCGCUGAGCACGACGAGAACGCCGCCGAGAUCCAGUUCCUGACCCACACCGUCGGCCGCAUCCUCGCCAAGCUCGACCUUAAGUCCACUCCCAUCAACACCAAGGGCUACGAGACCCUGCUCAAACUCGUAGAGAACACCUGUAGCGACAGCUUCGACCUUUACAACGGCCUCUUCAUGUACAACAAGAACUCUACGGAGUUGCUUGAACGCCUCGAGCUCGCCUUCGAUUCCCUCAAGAAGGAGCUCUUCGGCCGCCUGCAUGACAUCCUGCGCAAGCAGCUCUUCGAGAGCCCUAACGGCAGUAGUGCGCCUGUCGCCAAGGAUAAUUGAAGAAUGUCCUUUUUAUUUCCUUGUCACUAUGUAUGCAAGUAGUUUUCUUUUUCCAGUUACUUAAUUAUCAUUCAAUGUUAUCCUUUUCUUUUCCUCCCACAGGAUUUCCAGUCCUAUGCGGAGAUACAUUCGGUAGGCUGGUUUAUGAAGAUAACAAUCUCGUAGUUGGCAAGUGCCAAUGGAUCAGGGAAAGGUUACUCCCUAUUUCUGAAUGUGAUAUCACUAUUUAUGAAAGGAAGACUGAUGAUUUUCA